UUUUUCCAAGUCAGAUUCUUGAUUUUGACGAUAAUUUAUUUUUGUGAUUUUUUUUUCGUCUUUUUUUUUGUUUCAAUCGUUAUUAUCAUUAUGUAAUUUCUAUUCCAAAGUAUUCAUGAUUCAAUCGAUUUGACUUUCCAUUUCAUCAAUUAUUAUUAUCAAGAAUGUUAAAUUCACAACAACAACAAUCGACACAAUCAUCGGUAACAACAACAGCAACAACAAUGGGUACGAUAAAUAAUCCAUCCGGUCAACCGGGUACUAUUGGCCAAGCAGCUCAAGCUCAAUUAAUGAAUCAAAUACCGAUUGCUCAAGCAACACCUGCAUACAGUUAUUAUCAACAAACAGCAGCAAUGUAUCCAUCACCAUAUAGUUAUAUGACAACAGCCGUAGCAGCAACAUCGGCUACAUCCGUAUAUCCAACAACCGUUAUUCAUCAACAACAGCAACAACAACAACAACAAACAAUUCCUGUUUCCGUUGCACCAACAACUGUCACCGAUCCAUAUGCAGUAUAUGCUGCACAAUUAGCUCAAUAUCAAGCAUAUCAACAACAAAUGCAACAAUAUGCAGCUGUUGUUGCGGCAACAUCGGCCACACCUACCGUAACGCCAACAAUCGUUGCGGCUAAUCCAAUGAUUCCAUUUCAACAACCAACAAUGGCAUUUCAACCAACUUUAAUGCCUCCAGGUCAUUCAUUUUAUCCACAACCUGCUGCCGUUACGGCUACAACACCUAUUGGUAUGAUGCCAACCGCUGUUCACACCACCACCCUACAACCUCAAAUAUUACCGGCAACGACUUGCGUUGUCGCUACGACGCCCACUGUAACUCCAAAUGUGGUAUCGAGCAACAAUAGCACUACCAUCAUGACAGCCGAUAUGAAUGCCAUUGUGAAUAGUCAAAAAUUAUCAAAAAAACCGGAAACCGGUCUCGAUAUUGUUAAAAAAUCCAACUAUUUUUGUGAAACAUGUAAAUUAGUUUGUUCAAGUGCCGAAUCUAUGAUGAGACAUGUGACUGGAUUUAAACAUAAAAAACGUCUUGAAUAUCUACAAGGUAAUGGAAUAAAAAAAUUAGUGGCCAACGAUCCGAAUGUUUCUGAGUCGUCCGAUAGCAAAAAAUCGAACCCUCGUGGACCAACAAUGAUGAGUAUCAUAUUAAAAUGUCGUAUUUGUGAUGUUCCAUGUGUUAGUGUUGAUUCAUAUUCAAGUCAUAUACAAGGACAACGUCAUAAUCGUUCGAUUGCAUAUAGAAAGAAAAUGGGCGAACCAGUCUAUGAUAAUGCACCGGAAAUAUUAUCGAAAAAUGUUCCAAUAGAAUUAGAGAUGAAAAUUAAAAAAUUGUUUGCUGAUAAUAGUUCACGACAAGGUGAACAGAAUAAAGUUGAUAGAAUGAAAUCGGGACAAAAAUUUGGUGAACCAUCCGGUAUGGAUCGAAUGAUGAUGGUGGAAAAAUCUUCAUCAUCGUCAACACCAACACCACCACCACCACAGCCAUCGAAUAUGAAAAAUGAAAUCAAAGAUUUUUUCGAUUGUAAACCAAUUGGACAGGAUUUUAUUGAAGAAGUUUUAAAUCAAAAUGGAAAAAUAGUCUGUUAUACUUGUACACUAUGUGAAUGUCGUUUUAAUGAUGCAAAUGCUAAAAAUUUACAUCUAAAAGGACGACGACAUCGGCUUCAAUAUAAGAAAAAAGUUGAUCCAAGUCUAAUUGUUGAAUUUAUUAAAAGUGAUAUGAUAAAAAUUGAAAAUGAACAACUGGAAAAGCUAAGACAAAAAGAACGUUCAAUGAAGAAAAUAUUGCAUACAAAACCAUAUCUUACUGAAGAUCUUGAUCCAUUUCAAUCGGUGGACAAAUCCAAAGAAUUUGCUUCCCUUUUCAAAUAUAAUCAAAAUAAUGCACAUACAACAUCGAUACAUUCAACAUAUAAAGGAAAUGAAUAUACACGAUCAUUCAGUGAUUAUUUACUUGAAUAUAGACAUCAUCUUAUUCAACCAUCAAAAUUAGAAUUAGAAUACAUCUAUCAGACGGCCUAUUUAGUGGAGAAAGCUAUCCGUAGUGUUGGACGUUUUAUUGAGCUAAAUUUUCUACUCCCUAUUCCGGUACCAAAAUUUAUAUCCAUCCAUAAAACAUUAUUGCCAAUGGAUACGAUUAAUGAUAUGUUGGAAAAUGGUGAAAAUCGUCUAAUACAAACAGAUUCAAGACUUGUUGAAUUUAUUCGUGUUUUACGUCCAGGACCACUUGGUAAAGGUUUAUUACUUACUGGUGAAAGAUAUUUUAAGCUAAUAAUCUUAUCAUCAGUAUUACCAACCGAAUCGUUGCUUACAUUAUUUCAACGAUUAGUACCGAAAGAAAUUGAACGAUUAUCAAAAAAUCCAAAUGAUUAUCCGGGUGAAUAUCAUGUUCAAUCGGAAAUGAUGAAGGAUAAAACAAAAUUUCGUAUAACUUUAUAUACAUUUGCAUUACAUAGUGCUAGCGGUAGUAGUAAUACUAAUGAACCAAUGAUAUUGGAUGAUUCAAAAAAAAUAUUACGAUUUGAUUGUUAUCUAACCUGUCCAUAUAUUCGUGAUGAAAAUGAAGAAGAACUUCGAGAGAAUGUACCGGAUUUAUUGAAUCAAGAAAAAUGUCUUCGUUCAUUGAAUGAUAUACGACGUUAUCGUUGGUUCAAAGAUAUGGGAAUUAAACAUAAUUUUUUCACAUUUACAUUACGAAUUCUUCGUGAACUGACCAAACGCAUUAAAAUUUGGUCUCAUGUAUCACUUUGGACAUUCGAAGUGAUAUUGGAACGAAUAUUGAUCUCAGCGAAUUGUUGUCUAGGGCCGGCAUCAUUAUUUCGACAUUUUUUUGAAUUUCUUGCUCAUGGCAUUUUGAUGACACGUGGGCAAGGUUUAGCCGAUCCAUGUGAAGCACGUUUAGUGAAUAUAUUCAAUUAUCUUAGCCGUCAAGAUAGAGAAGAUAUUAUGUGUUCAGCACAACAUUUAGUUCGAUUAGUUGCAUUGCGACAAUUGGAUAAAGUAUUGAAUGUUGAUUCGAAAAUUGUCUAUCAGAUACGAAUGAAUGAAAUGAAACAACUUUCAAAUAUUCAAUCACGACAAUCAUCUAAUUUAUCGUCACAUCAAUCAACAUCGACUUUUCAUGAGAAUCCAUAUCGUUAUAAAACAAAACCAAAUUUUGAUAGACAAAAAUCAUCAACAACAACAAUCGGCGAUAUUAAAAAUACACAACAACAACAGUUACAGCAACAACAACAAAAAUCAGAUGAUAAAAUUGAAAGAAAUGUAUCAUUAAAACGUAAACUUUCAACAGAUGAUACAUUUGAAGAACCUGAUCUUGAAUGAAAUUUUUUUUUGCUUCUGUAUAAACAAAUUUAUUAUUAAUUUUGAUGUAAUUGAAAUUUUUUUUUUUUUGAUAAAUAUUAUUACUUAAAAUUACUUGUAAUAAAAAUUAAUGCCACAAUUUGA